AUGGUUACCAAUCCCACUCUAUAUCCUCCUGAUAUUACUAUAACCAUGGUUAGCAAGACUCAUUAUUUUAGCGCAAACUGUAUGGGUAAUGAUGAAUGUCCAUUGACAUUAGAUGAUGCUGGCGGCGUUUUAGGACAUGCAUACUUUCCUGACUCUAGCGGCACCUGUAGAGAAAUCCAUUUAGAUAUAAAUGAACGCUGGUAUUUUGGAAAUAAUCCUAAUAUACCCAAAAAUCAAACUAGUUUUCUUAUGGUGUUGGUUCAUGAAAUUGGACAUGCCCUCGGCAUAGCACAUAGUGCUUCUCCGAAUGCUAUUAUGUUUGCCUUCUAUCAGCAUGAGAUUCGUGGUCUAGAUGUUGAUGAUAUAAAUGCAGUACAAUAUCUAUAUGGAAGAAAAAACAAAUAUGAUUCAAUCCCAAAGUCUACCACCGCAUCAGCAAUACCAAAAACAACAACAACUAUAAGAUCUACAACUCCAACCCGCCUGGGAGACCAGUGUUACUACAUGGAGACGUGUAAAUACACGGAUCAGCACGCGUCUUGCAUCCAAGUCCACCAUCAUGCAGUCUGCCAAUGUGAAAAUGGUUACCAUUCCGUGUCGAUUGACAGGCCGUCGAAGAAGGUCUUCUGCGCUGAAGUCCCUAGGGCGGACCCAGUAAUCGAUCAGGGCAUGAAAUGCCAGCGUUUCGGGGAAGAGACAUGGAACAAGAUUCGUUACGUGGACGCUCAAAAAAAAAAACUCCACGCAUCACCAGUCUUCAGUACUCUGAAGGUUAACUCAUCCUUGUACAACAAUGGACAUGCAAGCCCAAUGACAGAUAUGUUAUCCAAAAGUGACCUGGCCUUCGGGACUAUCUCACACGGUCUACUGAAGCAACGGAGAAUCAUACAUGAGGCUCUGAAGGAGGCGGGGAACAAACACCCGGAAGCGGCAGACACUUUGAAAAAAGUUUUUGCUGCUAACAGUGAAUACAAGACCAUCUCGGACGACCUGCUGCAGUUCGUUUGCGGAAAAAGGGCGGAAAUCAUCGAAAGUCGCAGGAAACUAUACGAGCCUAAAAGUAGUUACUAUAGGUCUAUCGUCAAUGAGAUUCCUCCGUCAGGUACGCACUUGUGGGAUGAAGAGCAGCUGAAAGAUGUGGUUAAAAUGCAUGGAGUGACGAAAAUUGCUCCUGUUCGCUGGCAGAGUAAUUUGGGAAAAGUCGCACUGAGACAGAAGGUGCCUCAAGGAACUUCUCAUGAAAAAAGAACUAAAGCGAGAGGUAUCCACCCUGAUAGAUACUCUCAUAAAGCUGGGUUUCUGCAUCAACCUGGAGAAGUCCGAAAUAAGACCUACACAGAAAUUGGCAUAUCUAGGUAUUAUGUGGAACACCAUAAGAAAUCAAAAGAGUUUACCGGAGGACAAAAUCCACCGUCUGCAAACAUCAAUCCAAGCUGGAAUCAAGAGCAAGACUUGGAGCUGGAAGCAGGUAAAGGCACUGCUAGGGAGAAUGGAAUUUGCCUCGUUUGUUAUCCCAUUGGGUCGACUACAUUGCAGAAAGAUACAAAGAGCAGUCAAUCGGAUGUCAGAAAACCAACCAAAGAAACUGUUCAAUAUAGACCUGGAAGUAUUGCGAGAGCUAAGAUGGUGGGAGAAAAACUUAAAAGGGUCAUCCAUAAUCUGCAUGAAAGAACCGGAAGUUCAUAUAAUAACCGAUGCCUCAAACACGGGCUGGGGAGCCCAAGUAGGAGACACUUUGAGGAAAGGAAACUGGACAGAGCAGCAGGAAAAGUGGCAUAUCAACAAAAAAGAAAUGUUCGUGAUCUACUUAGCGCUAAGAAACCACCUAGAUCGAUUGGCAAACAAAACACUGUUAAUUCAGACGGACAACAGGACGGUGGUUUCCUACUUGAGAAAUCAAGGAGGAACCAAGUCGGUCACGCUUUUGGCAUUGACCAGGAAGAUCCUGGAGCUGGCACAUCAAUACAGUAUGUCUCUGAGAAUAGAACAUAUUCCAGGAAACUACAAUAUUGUGACCGACCACCUAUCCAGAGGAAAGGAUCUGCCAGACUGGCACUUAUCAAGGAUAGCUCAGAAGAGGAUCUUCGAAAAGUGGGGAACCCCUUGCAUCGACCUAUUUACGACUCCAGAAUCAGCCGUCACGUGGCUGUCAUGACAUCAGACUUCUCGACGUUUGCCGGCGUGCUAUCUGGCAUCGCCAUUCUGUCGGGACUCAUCUGUUUCGUGCUUCACCUGUUCAAUCAAAACCUGUACGAGACUCGUCACCAUAGGCACAGGUUCGGCAACGCCAACUUAGCCCCUCCCAUUUUGUUCUCCAGUGAUCCAGGUGAGUUGCGCAGUUUGUGUUUUCUAGCCUCCUUCUAUGUUCUCUGUCAAUUGGGUGUGUCUCUAUCACAAAAUUCGUUGUUGAUAAAAUAA